AUGGCGAUAAUUGUGAGAUUCUUGAGAGAAGUAUUCAAGGGUAUGACCAUAUUUGUCGUUCACGUUAUCUCCAUCUAUGUUACGCUUUACAAAACUGGUUUUAAUCUCGCUGAACCGGGCGGCAAAUUUGAAGUAUUGAUG